AGGUUCUCGUAAACCCUGGAGACAAAUCAGCAGCAGAAUAGUGGCUACGAGUCGCUAUAAAGUUAAUUUCCAGACAAAACCAAGGCGGCCAGUUAGAGAUCCCUUCCCGUUUUGAUAACUGCAGCCGUUGAAAAUCGAAACUGAACUUCUCAGGUUCAAUAUAAGUGAAUUCCCGACCGUCAUUUACCUCCAAAUGGACAUUUCUUUCAAUUCUUCGAGGUUACUUCGAUUCAACAAGAUACCCACUACCCUUAUCUUUCCCACUCAUCCUUGUAAGAUUUCAGUCUUCCAAACCAAGCGGUUUGUUCCAAUGGCUGCCCUUACAGCCUCCCCAGCUGUAGGACUGUCCGAAACAUUCAGCAAAUUGAAGGAACAAGGCAAGGUUGCAUUUAUCCCCUACAUCACUGCUGGUGAUCCUGAUCUUUCCACCACGGCUGAAGCACUGAAGGUUCUUUCCACUCAUGGAUCAGAUAUAAUUGAACUUGGUGUUCCAUAUUCGGAUCCCUUGGCAGAUGGUCCUGUUAUACAGGCUGCAGCUACUCGGUCCUUGGCUACGGGUACAAACUUUAGUGCAAUCAUUUCUAUGCUGAAGGAGGUCAUUCCUGAACUGUCUUGCCCAAUUGCCCUUUUCUCAUACUAUAAUCCAAUUCUUAAGCGUGGGAUUGGGAACUUCAUGAUGAUAAUAAAAGAUGCUGGUGUACGAGGGCUUGUUGUUCCAGAUGUUCCUCUUGAGGAGACUGAAAUUUUGAGAAAAGAAGCUGUAAAGCACAAUAUUGAGCUGGUACUCUUAACUACACCAACCACGCCCAAAGAUAGGAUGAAAGCCAUCGUUGAAGCAUCAGAGGGAUUUGUAUAUCUUGUGAGUUCUGUUGGAGUUACCGGCGCCCGUACAUCAGUGAAUGAUAAAGUUCAGACUCUCCUCGAGGAAAUUAAAGAGGUAACAGAAAAACCAGUAGCAGUAGGUUUUGGUAUAUCAAAACCCGAGCACGUGAAACAGGUGGCUAGCUGGGGUGCUGAUGGUAUCAUAGUUGGUAGUGCUAUGGUGAAGCUGUUGGGUGAAGCCCAGUCUCCUGAAGAAGGAUUGAAGGCACUUGAAAACUUCACCAAAACCUUAAAAUCUGCACUCUCCUAAUAAAUUUUGAUGGUAUAACUCAGGCUGUUCCUUUCAUUUGUAAACAUGAGAUCAACUAGCUCUGUUACUGAAGUUAUACUUGAAAAUUUUCUUUUUCCUUUUGAAAAGAAGAAGACUGUUAGUUUAUAUUAUCAUUAGCAUAUUUUCUAGCAUUUUCUUGGUAAUCACUGGAUGAUGAUUAGGAGAAUAAUAUUUCAAAGCCUUAUUGCAUAAUCAUUGUCAA